GAUAAUAGAUUAUAUUGAUUCUAAUUUAUAAUGUAAUUAGUAUUACUAAUUUCUACAUAGUAAUAUAGUAUAUUAUAUUAUUCUGUCUAGCGCCUGCAAAAUCGUCAAUCGUGAUUCAUUGAUGCUAAUGAAAUUUGAAUCAACGCUAAUUCGAAUUUGUUAUACUUAGUGUUUAUCUGUUGGAAAGAUACGGAUACUCUACAUCCAGAAGUUGUGUUCAUAUUUUACUAGCUAUGUCUGUAACCCUACACACAGAUGUUGGUGAUAUAAAAAUUGAAGUAUUCUGUGAAGAGUGCCCAAAAACUGCAGAGAACUUCUUGGCAUUAUGUGCCAGUGACUAUUACAACGGAUGUUUGUUUCACCGUAACAUAAAAGGAUUCAUUGUACAAACUGGUGAUCCAACACAUACAGGUAAAGGAGGUUCAUCAAUUUGGGGUCGGAAGUUUGAAGAUGAGUUCAAAGAAAAUUUAAAACAUAAAGAACGAGGAACUUUAUCAAUGGCUAAUAAUGGGCCUAAUACUAAUAGUAGCCAAUUUUUCUUGACAUAUGCUGCUCAACCCAAUCUAGAUUUAAAAUACACAGUUUUUGGAAGGGUAAUUGAUGGAUUUGAAGCUUUAGACGAACUAGAAAAACUGCCAGUAAAUCCUAAAAAUUUUAAACCUUUGACUGAUGUGAAAAUACAAUAUGUUUCCAUUCAUGCAAAUCCAUUGGCAUCAUAAAUUCGUAAAUCUUUUACUUAAAACAUUUUUUAAUUAAAGUGUUAUUAUUCAUACAUUUAUUUUUAAUACAAAUUUUGUAAGUAAAGUUAUUACAAUAAACUCCAUGGACUGAUUAAUAAA